CUGGGCUUUCAGUACCAACAUACAAAUAGCAGAUUUUAUAAAAUACUAAAAUAUGAAGUAAUCUGAGCGAAACACUGGAUUCUGGCGAAAUCCACAAGGCGACGCCAUUAAAUAAAAAGAAGAAGGAGAAGAAAAAAUACUACUCUUUUGAUUACAAAUUAACCUUGCAUCCUAUUGCUAAUAACCUGUCGCAAAUCCUAUCCUUUUUCCUACUAGUAGUAUUAUAAUAAACCUUUUUCCUACUAUCGUUUCACUACCUUUGACACUAGCAAAUACACAAACCGUGUGAUGCCAAAACAAAAAAAAAAAUACAAAUGUUCUACAGAACCACCCCUAAAGUAACUUAUAUAGUAGGGUACCACCAUACGUAGUAUCUCUUAUUCGUCUGUGGUACCACCUACAGAACGGUCCACUAACUGGAAUGAGAAUUUUGUUUAGUUAAGCUAUACCUACUAAAAAAUAUAGUUUAUAACAAUUUUGGCAGUCAUGUUUUUUUUUUAGUUUAGAUUGGAGUGAGGUUUGGGGUAAAAUCAUAACGGUAGCUGGCGACACUUAUUACAAAAGUCAUGUUGUUUUCAGUUUUACUUUUCUCAUCUUUCAGUGAGCGUUAUUCAAGGAAUCCUAAAUAAAUAUAAUUUAUUUCGAGUUUUUGAUAAAAUGUUCAGUGCAAGUGUUUGUUUGUACUAUAGGCUCAUACAACGGAGGCGGUACAGCUUAUAUAAAUAAUUUCAGUUCAUACACAGUUGCGUUUCAUAUGAAGAAUUUAUUUAUAAGAAUUACCUUUUAACUAAAAGAAAGAUAUCGAAUAAUGAGUCAACAUAAGUUUUGGAGAGGAAUAGAACCGUUGAACAUAUGUUCGUCACAACAAGUACCUGAAAAAAUUGUGAAACUUUGUUCAUUAGGCACAUCCUUCAUUGUAUUAGGAAAUGACCAUGGUCUAUAUGCCUGUGACAUUGAAGAUCAUCUUGUUUUUAAAAAAAUAGGUGGUAUUUCCGCGAUAGACAUAUCAUAUCACAAUAAUAUCUUAUAUGUUAUUGAUGUACAUGGACGUCUAUAUAAGACUAAUGCUGGUUUUAAAAAUAAAGAAGAGAUUGUUGUCAGAGAAGAUUCGAAGUGUUGUCCCCAUGGUUUUAAAAGUUCAAGUUGUAAAGUGAGGUUUAGAAAUGUUGUGUCAAGUGAUUUUGGCCAAUUGUUUAUUAGUAGUGAUGGACAGCUGUGGGGUUGUGGGUUGAUGCCUCAAAUUGGUUUAGAAAGUAAUCAUAUAAAAAAAGUUUUAUUUUUUGAAGGUAGAACAGUAUAUAGUGCUUCAAUUGGGCAAAAUUUUGCUGCAGUAAUAGCAAGAAAAAAUGUAAAACGUUCAGGAAACUGUGACACAGACAGUGACAAUGAUGAUGAAGAAGUGUUUGCAUCAAAUUGCUCUCAAUGCCAAACAAUAAUAGGCCUAGCUUCCCCUGCAUCUGUGCCGUCCCUAUCUGAAACUUGUCCCUUAGGUGUACAAAUUAGUAAAUCUAGUGAAGAUUCCAGUAGUACCACCGCACCUCAAACUGAUGUACAUGUUGAUGCCCAUAGCUUUACAGAAGAUUCCAGUCCUUCCUCAGAAGAAUCAAAAAUAGCUAAAAAUAUUGCUUCUCAGAAAGUUAAUGCUCUUGAUGAAGAUAUAACAUCAGAAGCUAAAUCACAGGAUAAUGAAAACACUGAAAAAGAGAGUGACAUUCCAAAUGCAAAUACAGAAAAAGUUAAUAAUAUAUUCAUUAACACAGAUGCUGCAAGACAGUUUUUAAGUAGACAGCUAUCUUGGGUGUCAGCCGGUGAAGACUAUUUAGUUGAAUACACAGAAAAACCUACAAGAAUAAUUAAAGAAAAUGUAUCUAAUCUAACAAACCUUGUCUAUGAAGGAGUAAAGACAGUAGGGGAUAAGGUGGCAACUCUAUCACGACAUGUAAGUGGAAGCAGUGAUAAUAAUGAGAUUGUAGAACUUCAGAUGAGAAAUCAUCUUGAUGAAUUCAACUCGCUCAUGUACAGUUGCACAUCUAAUUGCAAUUUAGAAGAUUUACAAUUCUCAACUAGUACUAUUAGUAGUGAAAAAGAGUUUGAAGCAGCUAGAAAGAAGGAAAACCUUAAAAACAUGUCUAAACUUGGUAAAAACAUAUUGGCAACUGAACUCUGGACUUGGGGGGACAUAUCAUAUGGGCAGUUAGGCAUAGGUGAUACUGUCAAAAGAUUAAAACCAAUGGUAGUCAUGAGUUUAUCAGGCUUUGGUUUACAAAAAGUUUCAUGUGGUAAAUGGCACUCUUCAGCACUUACUUUAGAUGGAAGACUUUUCCUGUGGGGUUACAACCAUUUCCAUCAGGUUAGUUUUGACUCUAGAGAUGAUAAGAGUGGUCCUAAGCAGUUUACAGAAAAUUCUGACAGUGACAGAGUGAGGGACAUGAUAGCGACUGAUCACCACACCCUUGCUUACACACAUAAUGAAAACAUUUUUUACAUGGGUAAACAUACAGAAGGUUACACUGAAUCUAUUGUGAAUUUAAACAAGAAAGAAGACUCUGAGGCUUUUGAAAAUGGUAAAGAUGAAAAUGUGAAAACAGUUGAACAUGAAACUUAUGUUAAUAAAUCACAACAAAAUAUGUGUUACCAUUGGAGAAUAUUGUCUUCUGGUAAUAUUAGCUAUUGCUCCCUUGAAGAAUCCAUAACUUGUCCAGAGUUUCAGGAUCUUUCUAUUGCUCAAAGGUAUCUUGAAGAGAUGCUGUUAAUAUAUCAUUUUUUAAUCAAACCUUUUCUGAAGAAAAGUAAAAUAAUAACUUCACAUUCCAUCAUAUAUGAAACUGUUUGUGAUAUUUUUAGUGACAUAUUAAACACUACUGCUCUGAAUGUGCUCUCAAUGUGGCAAUAUGCAGAGAAGCAUAUAAACGAAUGUGAUAUUUCUUUAAUUAAAAAUUUAGAAGAAUAUAUUUAUUUAUAUAGAAAGUAUUAUAUAGCUAUAAGCAAUUUAAUAGUUAUUGGUGGUUUUUCUCACAUCAACAAUGUAGUUGAAGUACCAACAAGCAUCUAUAACUUGUUCAGUGAUCAACUACCUUCGAACAAACAAAAAAAUAAUAAGAAAACAUCAGAAGCCAUAGUUGCUCUAGCUUUUGUGCAACCGUUGACAAGAUUAAGUUCCUACAAGUGUAUUGCUCAGUCAUUGUUGAGAUACAAGUCGAAAAAAAAUACAAUUGAUACAAAAGCAAAUAUUGAUGACAGAUUGAAUAAGGUAAUUUCAUCUCUGGAUUCAUUAAUAGAGGAACAAGAAAAAAAACGAAAGGAGGCAGAUCUAACAAAACUCUUUUGGGAGACUUUAGGAAAAGGUUUGGAGCAAUACAGAACUCCAGAGAGGAGAUUGGUUAGAGAGUCAAAAUCUCGCCCCCUCAAUUUGGUGAAUCCUGGUAGAUUUUCAUCACAUUGGUUUAUUUUAUUCAAUGAUUUAUUUUUACAUGUUAUUGGCAGCACACCUUAUGCUCACCCACUAGACACUCUAUGGGUAGAACCAAUUUCUAACACUGAUUCUAUAUUAAAUGCUAUACAACUAACAUUUCCUGAAGAAAUUAUAUCUGUUACUACAAAUAGUGAGCAUGAGAAAACAGAAUGGGUUCAUUCAUUAAACACAUCUAUCCGAUCUGUAUUAAAUAAAGAUUCUAUAUUCAAACCACCCGCAGCAAGGACUGCAAGUUACACAUUUUCAAAUAAAAAUGCCUUUUUUAAAGAAGCUAAAUACAAUGGUCGAUGGUUGGAUGGAAAAAUUCAUGGCCAUGGUAAAAUAGAAUGGCCUGAUGGUAAAUUGUAUGUGGGACAAUUUCAACUAAAUGCUCUUUGUGGACAUGGAAAGAUGGAGAUUCCAGGAAUAGGUAUAUACGAUGGUCAGUGGAAAGACAAUCUUCAGAACGGGUAUGGCAUAUUAAAGUAUACCUCAGGCGACGUGUACGAAGGAUACUUCAAAGACGGGCAGCCUCACGGCCACGGUAUCAAGAAGCAAGGGGACUUUACCUCUUCAUCUGCCACUAUUUACACAGGAGAAUGGACGAACGGUGUGAAACACGGUUAUGGUGUUAUGGACGAUAUAGACAAGGGCGAGAAAUAUUUGGGCAAUUGGAGUGAUAACAAGAAGCAUGGCUGCGGCCUUAUCGUGACAUUGGACGGUAUUUAUUAUGAAGGAUUAUUCAUGCAGGAUGUGUUAACGGGCCAUGGAGUAAUGGUGUUUGAAGAUGGUACCCAUUAUGAAGGGGAAUUCCGAGCUGCGGGAGUAUUCUCCGGCAAAGGGGUACUUACAUUCUCCAGCGGUGAUAAAAUUGAAGGUUCCCUGAGCGGGGCAUGGACGGAAGGCGUUAAGAUAUCGAACGCCACGAUGCAACUGAACGUGUCUAACCCAGCACUGCCGUCCAAUUCAAAACCUAAGUACGUUAGUUAUAAGAAUGAAAAUAUCCAAUUCAAGGAUUAGAAUGAUUGUUAAUUAUGGGAUUGCUACCAUGCACUCUUAAGUUUAUCGAGUUCCAGGUAAUUUCGAUGGUGUUGCCAACGCCAUGAUCAUUUAGUAAGUUUUUCCGGGUGGGUUUUAUUGGCAGAUAUAUCGAUCUAACCUUCUUUCUAGUCCUCUUACGUUCGAUACCCGUGUACCACUGUAUACCGGCAGAUACAGUGGGUUAACUUUGUCACCUCUAACUCGCACCAACCCUGCGAUUCUAUAAAAUCCAAACCAGAAUUCGAAUUCACUCAGAUGUCCGAAUUGACUUUAAAAAGCUGCAUCAGCUCAACCUUGAAUUAAUAAUAACGUUUCAUGGCAUAAGUAAAGUGAGUUUAGAAAUGACAUAGGAAUAGAAUAAUCUGGGACACGUAUAUUCAAUCAAUUUUAGUUUUGUAUUUUUAUACAAAAUAUGGAAACAGUAGAAUUUCUACAUUAAGUGACAACAAUUCGGACACAUGACUAAAUUCUAAUUUGGGUCUGGAUUUUUACAGAAUCGCAGGGAUGUUCUAGAUAUAAAACUCACUGUAUCGGAUCGCGAAACGACAUUUUUAAUUUUUUUUUCUGGUUUUAAAUAUCAGGAGCUGCAUCAUAAGGUAGAUGGUGGCUAUAACAGAUAGGUAGUAGUUAUAGGAGUUGGAAGAAAAGAAAGGGCUCAAAGUCAAGGAAAUAAUAUAAUAUAGAUAAUAAUUAAAAUAUAUACAAACUAAAAUACGCAGCUCAUUUUCAUGACAGCAGCAAGAACAAUGAAAAAAGGAAAAUA